AUGUUGAAACGACUACUUGAUAAACUCGAAUCUGAGAGAAUGCCAUUACUUGGGCCAAAUGUCAAAGCAUUAAAAUUCUGGGGACUGUUACUACCGAAGGAAAUGUUACCACGAAAUUUAUAUAUACUGAUGCAUUUACUAGUAAUCAUUUUUACAGCAACCGAAUACGUGGAUAUCUGGUUUAUAAAAUCCGAUAUAAAUCUGUUAUUAAAUAAUCUUAAAAUAACAAUGUUAGCUACAGUCAGCGUAAUAAAGGUUAUGACGUUUCUAUUCUGGCAGAAGCACUGGAAAAGUAUAAUACAGUAUGUGAACAAAGCUGAUUUAGUACAACGCAUUACUGAUAAUAGAAUAAAGAAAUUAACCAUAGAGAAAUACACAAGAUAUUGUCGAAGAAUAACAUAUUUAUAUUGGGCUCUGAUGUAUACGACUGUCAUUAUAGUUAUGGUGCAACCAAUUUAUAAAUAUGCCGCAUUACCGACUUACAGAGAACUUGUUAGAAAUGGUACUCAAUCUUAUAUGCAAGUUGUCAGUUCUUGGGUACCAUUCAAUAAAAAUACGAUCCCUGGUCAUAUAACAGCUUCAUUUAUACAAAGUUUUGCUUCAAUAUAUGGAGGUGGUUGGAUUACAUCAUUUGAUACGAAUGCAAUGGUCAUUAUGGUAUUCUUCAAAGGUGAAUUGGAAUUAUUGAAAAUAGAUUGUGGUGAUAUUUUUGGAACGGCAUCAAAUCCGGUAUCUGAUAAUGUUGCUAAUAUUCGACUACAUAAUUGUCAUAAGCGAUACGUAGAAUUAAUAAAGUACAUUCGACUAUUUGAUUCGUGUCUUUCUCCAAUAAUGCUGCUUUAUAUGUUUGUGUCUUCUGUAAUGUUAUGCGCCACAGCUUAUCAAAUUACAGUGGAGACGAGUGCGAUGCAACGCUUCCUAACUACGGAAUAUUUAAUCUUUGGAGUUGCUCAGUUAUUUAUUUACUGUUGGCAUAGCAACGACCUCUUUUACGCGAGCAGGCAAGUAAUGAAUGGACCAUACAAUAGUAUGUGGUGGAACAGGAACAAAUACUGUCAAAAGGAUAUUCAAAUAUUGAUCGGUCAGUUUAACAAAACUAUAGUUUUCUCCGCGGGACCGUUCACUGAUUUAACUGUGGCCACUUUUAUAAAUAUCUUAAAAGGUGCUUACAGUUAUUAUACUUUACUACAACAGUCUCAAGAAACUACUGUUAGUAAAUAA